AUGGAUAUUUCUCCUCCUCUCCUCAACUACAUGACACAGAACUACUGGAGCUGCCCGAGCUCAGACUCUGAAUUCUACACCAUCUCGUCUCCUGAAGCCGUGUCUCCAAUCUCCCGUUCAUCUCCACCCCAUUCACAGCACCCCGGAGGUGGCAAAGCUACCGCUUCUUUGCGUGAGGAAGGUGGACGUUCUCGCGUCGGGACCAGAAGAAUGAGGUCCAAAAACCCGAGCAAGCAGAGACAGAGUGCCAGCGAGAAGGAGAAGCUCCGAAUGAGGGACUUGACGAAAGCCCUCCAUCAUCUCAGGACUUACCUGCCUCCUACUGUGGCUCCUGUCGGUCAAACAUUGACAAAGAUCGAGACGCUUCGCUUGACCAUCCGCUACAUUUCGUAUCUGUCAGCUCAGCUUGGACUCGGCGAAGAGUCUCUCUUCCAGAUGAAGGACAUGAGAACUUCUAGAGAGCAAGAAUCGCCUCAAAAUCAGACCGAAGGGAUCUGCUGUUACAAUUCGCCGACGUCAUAUUGGGGAUUCAGAGAUGAGCUCCCGACACAUCAAGAACUGCACCAAAGCACUUUCAGACCAGAACACGUCUCGAGGAAGACAGAAAUGAAUCUUAAUCAAGUUUGCAUGAACGUGGAGACACAGACAUAUGACAACUCACUCAACUCCAGCCUGGAGUCUCUCCUGGAAUAUCCAUCAUAUGCGAAUACAGCUUUGACAUAUCAGAAUUAUGGAAAAGCUGUGCACUGUCAAAGCAUAGCUCCAGAAUUCUGGGGAUGA